AUGCUUUAUUUAAGUGACAUCGAAGAGGAAGGUACAUCUGGGAACGAAACAAAGUAUAGCUUCUCAGAGGUUUUGUUGUUUUCCAACACACAGGAAAAUCUCAUGACCAUAGUUGGAGAAUUACAUACGCUUUCGGAUCGUGUAGAUCAUUACAAAAUUGAUCCUGUAUCAAGGGAAGUUACAGUCACAACACUGCCAUCUUUAUUGGCUCUUUUGCUAGAAAAGAGAGACCAGGCAAGACGCGUUUACAGAGAUGUUCUCUCAAUAAAAAUGUCAGAACUAAACUGGGACGUGGACGAGCUCUUCGCGCAGUUGCAAGAAGAGUUGACGAGAACUGACGAGACCCUUUCAAUGUACCCUAGAAGAAGGUCAUUCUACUAG